GACGUCGCUACGUUGAUGACCAAGAUGUUUUCACCUCCUGUGAGCAGCGGGAAAAAUGGACCAACUUCCUUGGCAAGUGGACAUUUUACUGGCUCAAAUGUAGAAGACAGAACUAGCUCAGGGUCCUGGGGGAAUGCAGGACAUCCGAGUCCAUCCCGGAACUAUGGAGAUGGGACUCACUAUGACCACAUGGCGAGCAGAGACCUCGGCUCACAUGACAAUCUCUCUCCUCCCUUUGUCAAUUCCAGAAUACAAAGUAAAACAGAACGAGGCUCGUACUCAUCAUAUGGCCGAGAUUCCAACCUCCAGGGCUGCCACCAGCUUUUUCCAGAGGAAAAAGUCGGGAUGAGGAAGCCAAAGCUCCGUGGGCAGAGCCUGCUGGGAGGGGACAUGGAGCUGGCCACGCCCGGGGCGCUGUCCCCCAGCAAGCCGGGCUCCCAGUUCUACCAGUACGGGGGCAGCGCGCGCCGGAGACCCCUGCACGGCUCCUCCAUGGAAGUUCAGACAAAGAAAGUUCGGAAGGUGCCUCCGGGUUUGCCGUCCUCCGUAA